AUGGCGAGCCAAGGCAUCUCGCAUGCAGUCGUGGCCUUUUCCUCGCCCGGCGCAAACGUGUAUCCUGGGUAUCGAGACGCGACCAUCGCGCUUGCUCGCCUAAUCAAUGAGCAGUCCGCAGCCUAUGCGCGAGUCUACCCCAAGCACUUCUCGUUCUACGCCGUCGUGCCACUCCCAUACACUCAAGACGCCAUUGCUGAAGCCAUCUUCGCACUCAACACGCUUGGAGCCGCCGGCAUUGCGCUUUACUCCAACUUCGAAGGUCGAUACCUUGGCGACUCUGCCUUCACGCCCUUCUUUCAAGCUAUGAAUGCGCGCGGGGCCGACCAGAUCAUAUACGUGCAUCCCACGACGCCGUACCUGCGCGUGAACGGCUCACUAGUCGAGGCGAACCCAACGACGUACCCAACAGGCAAUAUCGAGUUUUACUUCGAAACAGCGCGCGUACUCCAAGACCUCGCCGUCACGCAGACCAUUCUCAACUUCACGAACAUCAACUACAUCAUACCGCACGUCGGCGGCGCAUUCCCGUCUGUCGCGGACCGCAUGUUGAAGUCGUUCCCCGCGAUCUACGACCAUACCCUGGCCGCUUUGCAGACGCGCUUCUACUGGGAUUCCGCGGGCCCGACGUACUUCCACCAAGUUGGUGGUCUUCUCGCGUACGACAUACCGGCGUCGCAGCUCUUGUUCGGUACGGAUUACCCGUACGCGCCGAUCUUCACGUAUGCGCCUUCGCUACUAGGUAUCAAAACGUCGCGUUUUGUGGACGACUUAGAGCGUCUUAGUAUCUUCUUUCGCAACGCGCAAAGGCUUUUUCGCGAUCGGAUUAUAGUGUAG